CGCUGCCGGAAAUACACACGGAGAAGAAGAAGAAGCUGAGGCCAAGGAGGAGGAAGAAACACGAAAACUAGUCAGACAGUUAGCCGAAAGAUGGCAGACAGCGAUGAUGAAUAUGAUCGCAGGAGAAGAGACAAAUUCAGACGGGAGAGAAGUGACUAUGACCGUUCAAGAGAGAGAGAAGACAGGCGCAGAGAUGACUGGAACGACAGGGAGUGGGACAGGGGCAGGGAACGGCGUAGCCGUGGAGAGUACCGGGAUUAUGAGAGAGGUCGUAGGGAGAGAUUCUCCCCGCCCAGACAUGACAUGAGUCCACAGCAGAAACGCAUGAGACGAGACUGGGACGACCAUGGUGGAGACCCUUACCAUGGGGGAUACGACUUGGGAUACGGAGGUGGUGGAGGCCCCAGCUACGCCCCACCACAGCACUGGGGCCACCCUGACCUGCACCUCAUGCAGCCUCAUCAUGGCAUCCCGAUUCAGGCCAGGCUCGGUAACAUCCAUGACAUGGAUCUGGGUCCUCCCCCUCCGAUAAUGAAGAGCUUUAAGGAGUUCUUGCUGUCCUUGGACGAUUCUGUGGAUGAAACUGAAGCAGUCAAACGCUACAAUGAGUACAAGAUCGACUUCCGUCGGCAACAGAUGCAGGACUUCUUUUUGGCUCACAAAGAUGAAGAGUGGUUCAGGUCCAAGUACCACCCAGACGAGGCCAGCCGACUAAAGGCCGAGGCCCACAGUGCUCUGCAGAACCGUCUGAAUGUCUUUGUGUUCCUGAUGGAGAACAGCUGGUUUGAUAAUGUCUCCUUGGACAUUGAACGUACCCAAGCCAUCAUCAAGGUCCUGGACGCAGCUGUGAUAAAAAUGGAAGGAGGGACAGAUCACGAUCUUCGUAUCUUGGACCUGCCGUCUGAGGAGGAAGAAGAAAGGGAGAAGUUAGCAGCUGUUUCAGGGGGAGGUGACCCUCAAAAGAGAGAGGAUCUCAAAACCUUGGAUGGCGAUCGCAAACCUGCAACAGAGAAAGACAAGAAUGAGAAGGAGGAGAGCAGCUCUGCGAGUGCAGAAAGGGGCACAGAGGGGGAAACUGUGAAAGAGGAGGCAGAUAAAGAGGCAACCCAUGAAGAGAUGUCUGAACCCAAGAAGCUGAGGAGGAAGAGAAAGCACAGCGGAGACAGUGAAGAUGAAGCCUCAGCCUCAGAGAGUGACUCUGACUCAGAUUCCGACUCCAACUCCAACUUGUCGGACAAACCUGCCAUUAAGGAAGAGAUAGAAGACAAGGAUGAGGAAGAAGAAGAUGGGGAAGCUAUCGACAAAGAGGUCAAAGAGGAGAAGCCAAAGGAGGAAGUUGAGGAGGAGAAGAAAGAAGAGAAGAAGCCCAAGGAUGAUGCUCCCAGGCCGCGGCCUCUGCACAGGACCUGCUCUCUGUUCAUGAGGAGCAUCGCACCAACCAUCUCCAAGGCUGAGAUUGUUGCUCUGUGUCGGAGAUAUCCUGGCUUCUUGCGUGUUUGUUUAUCUGACCCCCACCCUGAACGCAGGUUUUUCAGACGAUGCUGGGUGACGUUUGACCGCAGUGUGAACAUCAAGGAGGUCUGCUGGAGCCUACAGAACAUUCGACUGCGAGACUGUGAACUGGCACCAGGGGUGAACAGGGACCUUGCCCGGAGAGUGCGCAACGUUAAUGGCAUCACUCAGCAUAAGCAGGUGCUCCGCAAUGACAUCAAGCUGGCUGCCAAACUCAUCCAUGCCUUGGACGAGAAAGGAGACCUGUGGAGCAACAAAUCUGGGGAAGAGGGCCAGAGCGCCGAGUUGCCUGCACAGAACCCCAUCCUGAAGAAUAUAACUGACUACCUGAUAGAGGAAGUGAGCGCCGAGGAGGAGGAGCUCCUGGGGAGCACGGGCGGGGUGGAUCCUGAGGAUGGCAUCAAGGAAGGAAACCCCACAGAGACCACCGUGGAGAGGGAUGACAAGCUAGUCAAGGUUUUGGACCGUCUGAUUUUGUAUCUGCGUGUCGUCCAUUCGAUCGACUACUACAACACCUGUGAAUACCCAAGUGAAGAUGAAAUGCCAAAUCGCUGCGGUAUGAUCCAUGUACGUGGACCCAUCCCUCCCAACCGGAUCACAAAUGGAGAAGUGUUACAGUGGCAGAAGAUGAUGGAGGAGAAACUGAGCCCAUUGUUCAGUUUAAAAGAGAUCCUGUCUGAAGAAGAGGCUGUUAAAAUGGGUCGCAAGGAUCCUGAGCAAGAGGUGGAGAAGUUUGUGUCUGCCAACACACAAGAGCUGGGAAAGGACAAGUGGCUUUGCCCCCUCAGUGGCAAGAAGUUCAAGGGCCCAGAGUUUGUGCGCAAACACAUCCUAAACAAACACGGGGACAAAAUCGAAGAAGUAAAAAAGGAGGUGGCAUUCUUUAACAAUUUCCUCAUGGAUGCCAAGAGACCGUCGCUGCCGGAGAUGAAACUUCCUCCGCUACCAGGCCCAGGACAAGGUGUGCUUUCUCCCAGCAUGCCAUUCCCCCCUCAGGGUCCCCAGGGACCGAUGGGCUUUGGCCAGCCUCGCCCACCGGUGAUGGGCUAUGGAGGUGGACCUCCUUACCCACCCAACCAGUAUGGAGGAGGCCGGGGUAAUUAUGACAACUUCAGGGGACAAGGUGGCUACCUUGGAAAGCCACGCAACAACAGGUGAGCCAAUUAAUGGCACGCGGCGAUCCACGCAACAUCAUUGAAUAUCGUGACCUGGACGCACCAGAUGAUGUUGACUUCUUUUAGAAGCUUCAUCGGAUCCUAUUAGUCUUUUAAUAUACAUGCUUUUCCGAGUGUCAUGUGUCCUCAUUGUGCUUGUCUUCUGUAAUGAUUAGCGUGUCAUUUUUUUCUUGAAAUCAAAUUUUGCGAAAACUGUGCAACUAGAGCAAGCUUCUGCUGUAAUCUGAUUCCUUAAAAUAAAAAGUGGUUUCACGUUA